UGAUUUCUUGUGUAGUACGAGGGGCAGACACGUCGAACUGGCCGAGAGAUCAGUUUCAGCAGAGCCAGGUACAAUUUCGCCGUUCCAGAGCAGUGAAUGAUGGGUACCGGAGCUGUGUGUCCACAUCUGAGCCCCCCUAACGACUAGCAGCGAACAAUAAAUAGCAGCGGCAGGAACAGCAGAGCGCGACGCGGGUCUCCAACCCCUCCUGUGGUGGGGUCAUCGUUGUCAGUAGCGGCCCUCUGGUGCGGCCCACGGUACCAGCCGGCCCACAGUAGCGGCCCACUGACUCAGUCCACCACGCUUGUCUCACCUUCCCCCGCAUGAUACAAUGGCGACGGAGGCGCAGCGGCGGCAGUUGUGUCCGCGGCUGCUGGACUACAUGGUGGUGGUGGGUGCGCGCGCCCCCGGCCGGGCCGCCCCUGUCCAGCCCCCAGAACUACUGCGGCGGUACCCCCCAGACGACCACAAGGACUUCCCCCUGCCCCUCGACGUGAUAUACUUCUGCCAGCCUGAAGGAUGUGUGUCUGUAGGGCCUAGGAAGACGUCCCUCAGGGAGGCCACCUCCUUUGUCUUUACCCUCACCGACAAGGAUUCGGGCAAGACUCGGUUUGGCAUUUGUGCCAACUUUUAUCGGGCUGUGGAAAGAGGGACUGCCGGCGGCUUAUCUGCAACCAGAGGACGAGAUCGAGGGUCAUCGUUUAAGCGAGAGUCUUGGAGGACCAGCUUAGAUAAGAGCUCCGACUCGGCCUUUUCUAGUGACCAGCGAUCAACCCUGGCACCUAGCGACAGCGAGAGAGAUUGUCCACCCUCUCGACGGGACUCUGAAUCUACCUCGCCAGCAUCACGUCUUGGGGUCAAUGUUCCUGCUAAUGAUUCCGACACAGGAGGCUCACACUCGCCUUCACCCAGAGCUGCUAGGAAGAGACAGCGUGUUCGGAAUCACUCACUCACUUCGCUAUGCAUCCUGUCACACCAUCCAUUCUUCAGCGCCUUCCGUGAGUGUCUCUUUCUCCUGCGACGGAUGAUAGACGCCUGUAAUGAGAACGCCUCGCCCAGAAGAGUCGGAGCAUCACGGCAGAACAACAGGGACACUGUGUGGAGUGUGAUGACAGGUCGGCCACAUGAUGGUAUACCUAGCAUUAUAAUGCAUGAUGUCCGGGAGAUUGAAACGUGGAUCCUACGUCUCCUGUCUGCUCCUGUGUGUGUCCCCGGCAAGACCAGAGUUGAGUUGGAGCUGCUGCCAAGAGAGUUGUAUGCGCCCUUGACGUUUGCCUUGCCAGAUCACACACGCUUCUCACUCAUUGACUUCCCCCUUCACUUACCCCUCGAACUACUGGGGGUUGAAUCCUGUCUCAUGGUCCUGACACUCAUCAUUCUUGAGCAGAAGGUGGUGAUGCAGUCUAGGGACAACAAUGCCCUCUCUAUGUCAGUGCUGGCAUUUGUUAGCAUGAUCUACCCACUGGAGUACAUGUUCCCGAUCAUCCCUCUGCUGCCCACCUGCAUGAGCUGUUCAGAGCAGCUUCUCCUGGCUCCAACUCCAUACAUUAUUGGGAUUCCAGCAUCAUUUCUCCUCUACAAGAAACACUUUGGGCUUCCCGACGAUGUCUGGUUGGUGGACCUCGAUGCCAACAAAAUUACAGCACCGCCAGCCGGUGAUGUAAUUCCACCUCUCCCAGAACCGGAGUGCACCAUCCUCAAGAAUCACUUAAAACAGGCUAUAAAAUCUAUGGAUGAGGCUCUUGCUAGCAUGUCUCCUCAGCCGCCUCCACCCCGGAGCAUGGAGGAGAUGCAGAGGGAGAAGGCCCAACACCACCAGUCCCUGGCCACACACUACAACCCCUUUAUAUAUGGUAAUGAUGUGGACUCGGUUGACAUUGCCACAAGAGUUGCAAUGGUACGGUUCUUCAACUCGCAAAACAUUCUCGCCAAUUUCACGGAACAUACCCGCACUCUCCGUCUGUACCCUAGACCUGUGGUGGCUUUCCAGAUUAAUUCCUUCCUCAGGUCCAGACCCAGAGCCACACCUUUCCUCAAUAUGUUUGCACGCACACAGGCAGUAGAAUUUCUGGCAGAGUGGUCCAUAACACCUUCAAAUAUGGCCUUUCUGAGAGUGAACACCGGAGUCUUUGAUCCUACACUAAUAGGUGACAAAAGCAAGUGGUACGCCCAUACCCUAGACCCAAUGGGGUUCAGGGUGUGGCAGGAAGGCAGCUCUCUCGGUGCAACACUGAGAGCUAGCACACAGAUUGAUAAUCCACCCACAGAUGAGAGUGGCAGUGACUCUGAGGGUGGAGAGAGCACCAGCAGCUCCUACUCUUCUCUCAGUGACUUUGUGUCGGAGAUGCAGUCCUCUGACCUCUCCCCAGGAUGUGGAGCAGCGACAGAAAAAGAGAAGGCAACACUAUCCUCAGGGCUUGACCCUCGAUUAAUCUUUCACCCUCCCUCUUCUCUUCAGCUCCCAGGGGCCGCCUCUUCAGAUUCGGCAGCGCUGAGUCAUGCUGGUUCCAUGUCGAACUCCUCGUCCCCCUCCUCGCUGUCUUCUACUGACCAGAGAGAUGAUGAUGAAGAAGAAACUGGAGAAGGUGUGAUGAGGCUAGAAGAUGCUGAUAACCUUAUAGCACCCACACCCAUGUUACAUCCAUUACCUCUCCGAACAGAAGCACUGGAAAAAAAUGACGAGGUCUUCACACCAGAGAGCGACUCGGCAACAACGACGCCUAAGACAGUGGUGAGCAAUAACCAAUCUCCACUUCCCCAUGUAAGCCCCACCCCCUCUGUCAGUAGCGAUGCCUCCAUAGCAACCUCCUCCUCUGAACGCGACAGACCCACCACUCCACGCCCUAGGACAUUCUCUAAGGGGGCUAGUCCAACGCCUCAGAAGCAGAGCUCAUUCAGCAGUAUGUUAGCCCGAGCAUCCAGUCUUGGGUCUGGGAGCUCAGGGGGAGGACCAACAAGACAGUGCUCCCAAAACUCUCUUUUGGAUCAGUUUACCUCCUCUGCCAAGGAGCUGAUUAAAGAAAAACAGAACUCACAAGAGGGAUCAUUCCUGUCACAGGUAGACAAGUUAACGGAACAGUUCCGUAGUCAAGUGACGGAACGUCUAGAGGUAGUGAAGCAGAGUAGUGGUGAGGAAGGGUCGCUACUCAACCAGAUGGAUAAGGUACCACGCUCCCAGCUGAUGCUUAGAAAUGUUUCCAACCCUGAGGCAAGUGGCCAACCGCAAAAGGAAAGGCAAGAUGAGGCUCCUUCUUUCUCCAGUUUGGCUGACCAGCUGACAGUGCAGGCGAAGCGGGCAGCUGGAGAAGCCUCAAAAUCUGUGUCAGUAGCCAGCAAGCAAGCCAUGGAAGCCAGUAAACAGGCACAGCAGGCUAGCAAAUCAACAUUUGAAGAUUUAUCAUUCAUGGGGAAACACACUUUUGGAGACUUCACCAAGACAGCAAGAGAGGCAGCCAAGAAGGGUAGCAUUUUCUCCAAGGUCAGCCUCAAGGCCUUGGAGCUACGAGAAACUUCCUUUGAUGGAAAAUUGGCCGGAGUUGGUCCAGCCAUCGGCAGCAGCACUAGUGGGAGUGUUUCAGCGGAGGUUGGAGGAGGUGGAGCAGGAGGUAUGAUGGGAGGAGGGGGGGGAGGGGCUGGAGUAAUAGGAGGUGGUAUGGGAGCACCUCCACCAAUCCCUCAUAGAACACCACCUGCUAGUGUGCCUUCUUCGUCCCCGCCUGCACAUCUCCGGGGCUUGCCACCCCCGCCCCCUCCAAGAUCACCUAAACCAUCACUCCAGAGUCAGCCAUCCACCCCUACACAGUCACCCAUCCAGCCCCAGACGAGUCCUGCCCAUGCACAACCCAGUAGAAAUGGUGCCUCGCCAGGGAGACUAUCUGUCGUCAGUUCCUCAAGCAGUAGUGCGGUUGUUGGAGAUGGCAGUAGCCUCCGCAGCAGUACUGGGAACCUUGCCGUGGGCGAUGGCGGCGAAGGUGCCGUCGGGGCGGGAGGCGUCAGUACCCGUCGCCAGAGUACAGCCAGUAGUUCUGGGGUGCGCUCCCCCACGAUGACGUCGUCCUCCUCGCGAGAUUUUCUGUUAAAUGUUAGCUCUGAGCUCAAUGAUUUUGCCCAGCAGACAUCCAGCCUAUUUAGUGACAUAUUUGUGGUAAAUGGUCAUGUUGGUUCUGAAGAGGUAACAUCUCCAUCCUUACAACGUAGACUCAGCCGCCCCUUGUUUCGUGCACGUGGACCUGGGAGUCGCAGUGUGAGUCCCUCCAACUUAGGCGUGGGCGCCACCAGGACCAGGGACAGGGCGCAGCCUUUUGGACCUUUCCCCAAAGGUCGUAAGGGAUUAGUGGAGAAGUCUUCAUUGAUACGACACUCUGUCUCGGCUCAAAGGCGCGCCGAGCUAAACAAAAUAGCAAGUAUAGAGCAGAGAACAACUUCAGCUUCAGAAAAUCAAGCCUUUUUGAAAGAUGUAUUGACACAGGUGAUUGAAGGGGAAGGAAUUGGCUGGCUCAAACUGAACCGGGUGAGAAAACUGAUGGAAGAUGAGAAUUACCGCAUGCUGGUCGUGUCGGGUCUCAACCGUACCCUGGAGAGGAAGAUAGGACCAGAUGAUCAUAUAAACGAUGUUUGUGUGAAGAAGCCUGUCUGGAAGGGAAUGCUGAAGCUAGUAAAUGCUGUAGUUGCUGGUUUAGAAGUAACUUACAAUACCUUCGGUGUCGGGGGUACAUCGUCGGCCCUCCAGGCUCUUGAAAUUUCCCAUACUCAUUACUGGAGCCGUGACCUCUCAGACCCACACGCCCUGGAGAUGUCAGGUGGCUCUUCUGCCCUCUCUCAGUCUUCCAGUCCUUUGGGCAGCCUUGAGAACUUGCGGUCCCCAGGCAGUCCCAGAGGGUCACCCCUACCCCCUCACUCACCCCAGCCACCAUAUGAGAGUUCUGACUGUUCCCGGAAGUCUUCACAGUCUGACAGCCCCUUUCUCUCGUCCGGUCCUCGCGUGGUGCAUGAUCCUCUUAGGUCACCAGAUACUGAAACUUCUGAAACAGCCGCAUCUGAUGUCUUACGGGAUCUCCUGGUGCAGAAGAGACAUGUUUUACUGUCUAAACUACAGUCUCAGGACUCAGAAGCAGGGGACGCACUCCAAGGAUCAGAGGGUCCUCCUUCCUGUGGUGCUAGUGACACGGGCUCUAUCAUCACCAACCCGGCCUUCCAGCGUCAACGCCUCUCACACCAGUCAUUCCGGUCCACAGUCUCUGACUCGGAAAUUGAACAAGGCAAUUUCCCUCGGGGGUCCAAGAGAACGUCCAGUAUGUGGUCAAGCAAGUCCUCCCUUUCAACAGGAUUUAGGUAUCAUGCUGGAAAUAUGAUCCCCACAUCCACUACCCCAUCACCAGACUCAGGCAGAACAUACCUCUUUGAAGGUCUUAUAAGUAAGGAACGAUCACCAUUAUGGGACCAGAUGCAGUUUUGGGAAGACUGUUUCCUUGAUGCUGUAGCUCAGGAGAGAGAUAUGGUGGGCAUGGACCAGGGACCCAGUGAGAUGAUGGAGAGAUACAAUAGCUUGAGUGAUUCUGAGCGUAAACGCCUGGAACACGAGGAAGACAGAUUGCUAUCCACAAUGCUGUACAACCUCGUGGCCUUUAUGGUGAUGGUCAAUGUGCGUAAGGAAGACAUCAAGAGAAAGGUGCGCAGGUUGCUGGGCAAAUCUCACAUUGGCCUUGUGUACAGCCAAGAGGUCAAUGAACUACUCGACCAGAUAAAUAACUUGCAUGGUAAUGACAUUGACUUAAGACCUCUUGGGUCAAGACAGAUGCAUCGCCAGACUUUCACUGUCCAUUCUGGUACUGAUGCUUCAGGUGACUUGCUCUUCUUAGAAGUGCGUGAUGAUGGCCUUAUUUUGAGAUCAGUUGGUGGGGUUAUUGUCGAGAGGUGGUGGUUUGAGCGACUUGUUAACAUGACCUACUCCCCCAAGAACAAGGUCCUCUGCUUGUGGCGCCGCAAUGGGGGCCAGACUCAACUACACAAAUAUUAUACAAAGAAGUGUAAAGACCUCUACUACUGCAUAAAGGAGGCCAUGGAACGAGCAGCAGCAAGAGGUGUGGGAGCUCUGCCUGGCGUAGAGCUAGGCGGAGAGUUCCCAGUGCAAGAUAUGAAGACCGGUGAAGGCGGCCUCCUGCAAGUGUGCAUGGAGGGCGUGGGACUGCUCUUCGCCACCAGCAAGGAUUUCGAGUUCUUCGUUCGGUUGGACCAUAUCAGAAAGUGCUUCACUCAGAAGGGAGGAAUAUUUGUGUUGGAGGAGUACAAUCCCAAAACCCGCCACGUUAUACAACGGAAAUACAAAUCUGCGAUGGCAGAUCAGAUUUGCUAUGCAGUGCUGUGUGUGUUCUCGUAUGUGGCCGCCGGCAGUGAGCAGAAGAAAAUGGAAGUGGCUCAAGAGCACGCCAAACUUGCUGCCGCUGCUGCUUCUGCUGCUGCUGCAUAUAGGCGACAGUGAAUGAUGUUGACUAGGUUAACUGCUCACUGGUAGGAACAAGGAUUGUUAUUGAUCUUAUAGCUACAUAAUUUAGCACACAGUCAGAAGAUUGUGAUGCCGUUGAAAUUUACACACAUUCUCUGGAUCUCUUUCAAAAUUUAACUUUCCUUAUGUUUAAUAUCUUAAUAACCAAUUUGAACUUUUGGGAUGAGGAACAAACUCUGUUGUUUUUUUAUUAAGAAUAUGAUGAAAGUGCAAUAAAUUAUAUCAUACAGUGGUAUUAAAAUUUUGUAAUAUUUAAUCUUAUUAUAACAAACUUUUUUGUAUGUAGGAUAUGUUAAUAAAUUGAGUUUUAUAAUUCAGUAAUUAAAUCUGACUCGUGAUAAAUCAUGCCUAGUAGUGGAGGAUUAUUUAAGUUUAUUGAUGAAUUUCGUGUAUAACAUAAUUAUCACUGACAGUUUGAAAUGUUUAAAUGAUGAAUUUUUGCUUUUGUGGGUCAGAUAGUGUAAACUUUAAUCAAUCCUUUGGUUCCUCUAAGUUAAAGUCUCUUGUGAAUUUGAAACUGACAAUAGUUGUUUGGUCAAUUAGAUCAUCAACCCUUUGUGUACAGGGUCCUCUCUCUGCUGAAUAAAAUCAUUUUGUAUUAGCCAAAUAAAAUAUUAAAAGAGGCGUCCCCAUAGUGAAGGGGUUUGAAAAAAUAAAAGUUGAUUUCAAAUUUUUUUCCAUUACAAGUAAAGUAACAAUUAUAAUGAUAAGGCAGAGAGACGUGGGAAGAAUUACCCCGAUAGAACAUAGGUGUUAACACUCUAUCAUUAUGUCAGAGAUGUAGUUGGAGUGUCUGAGUCUUUGUUAUCAGUAAAUAAAGGAUGCAUAUCAUGGGUAAGGAUUUCUUUCAGUAAAUGUCUCCUGCACUCCCAGAGGAAGAGCACCAGUGCGUUAAUAGUUGAUGGAUCGCCAACACGUUGUAUCCAUUUCAGCAGCUGAAUCAGUGUACCAGUAGGCUUCUUGCAGCAUAACUAACAACACUAAUAUAAAGCUCCUCUGAACUAAUGACUGUUUUUUUUUUAUUGUUAUAUCUUGUACUGUAUGUGAAAUAUUGUAAAUUUCUUAUUUUGAUAGACACUGGUAGUGCACUGGUGCUAUAAAAUUAGUAUUACAUUGUAGAAUACUUAAUAAUUUUUACAAUAUGUGUUGUAAAUGUAUUGAAUAUUGUGUGUAAAUUAUUGUACAUUGUGUAGAUAAUUUACAUAUUGUUACUGUAAGUAGUAUGCGAGACAGCCACAUAAAUGUGUACGUGUUUUGUUAUUGGCUUUCUGAGUUUGUUCCGUGUGUUACUAGACAUCAGUGCCUACCACAGUAAUAGAUAUCUUAGGUGUAGAUUAGUUGAGUAGAAAGUUGAAGGUUAUUUCUGUUACCUAGAUUAGGUAUGUAGGUAUAUUAAUCCUAUGAAAUUUUUUACAAAUAACCGGAGUUUGAAGAUAAAAAUCCAUAAUUUUCUACGAUGGGAUGAUGAAUAAAAAUGAAAUGGUGGGCACAAAAUGCUGCUUCAACGUUGAAUCAACACUGAACUGACAUCGUGACUUUUGAAGCGUCACUUCAAGGUUAAAGCAGCAUGGAGUUGCUCACCAGGGAAUAUUACUGUAUUACAAUCUAGUAGCUAAUACUUUAUAUUUUCUAAUUGAUUCAUGUAAAGUUGGCAAUAUUAUCUCUGUAGAUCUUUUAUUCCUCUCCUUUAACACUUGGUCUAUUUGUGUUCUGUAUAGUCAUCCUCAGAAUGCAUUAUUGUCAGUAUUACAUUCUUGACAGGAUUCUUUGGUAUUGUAAGAAUUACAUUACUUGUAGUAAAUGAUAUUUGAGUGAAAAUAUGUUCAUUAUUUAUAUAUUUAAUAUUUUCUAGAUCAUAAAUAAAACAUGAGUUGAAUUUAAAGAAAGAAAAAAGAAAAGUUCUCUGAUAGAUUAAUAUUUUCACCGUUGUUAAUAUUGAUUUUUAUAAACCCAAACCAGAGAUCGUAAUACAGUAAAGAAAAUGUGUGGCUGUAGUGUACUGUACUGGCAUCAUUACACGAAAGGAAAUUUGUUGUGGCUUUACGAACUGUGUAUGAUGCUCAUAGUUUUCACUGAGAGUUUUGAAGAAUGAUAGUUAUUAGUUAUGUUUUAGUUUACAUUUAAAAAGUAUUUGAGUAUCAUUUAUUUGAACAUGUAGUUUUCUUAUGAUUUAUUAAUACCAAAAUUAUGAUAUACUUUUCUUGGCAGCAGAAUUUUACCAGAUAGUAUUUACAGAGAUCAAUGCUUCAAUGAAAAUAAUUACAUCAGUUUCUUUUAGUAAAUUCUUCUGUGUAAGUGAAUCAUUUACAGUAAAUUUUCUAAUGUUCAGACGCAAAAGGUCACUAUUUUACAUGAAACCCAAAAAGAUCGUGCUUAAAAAUAGAACUUAUUUGAGCCAGAGUGCAGGACAAGAUCACUUCCUGUGUGUCUGCUAUAAACACGUAUUUUCCACUUGCACUACACCCGUCCCCACACCCUCUUACCCUACACCCCUCUCCCUACACCCCUGUCCCCACACCCUCUUAUAACACCCAUGACCUACCCUACACCCCUAUCCCUACACCCUCUUAUGAUACCCAUGACUUGCACUACACCCUAUCAGGACACCCCUACCUCAUAGACCAUUAUAUCAUCCUUGCUCUAAGACUCAUGAAAUACCUACCCCAAGACCCCAUCACAACACCCCAGCCUACAACCAUGUCACAACCUCCUGUUUUUUUUUGCCUCUAUGGAUGGUAAUCAACUGGAAAUCCAUUUUUGUUAUUACUCUGUCCUUUCUUCUCUUGUUACUAUCAAUAUAUUGUUUGGUUCUUUUUUUGGAGGAGAGUGUCUUGCAAUAUAAAUGAGGUUCUACUGUAUAUUAUUUUAUUUUGUCUUUAUAUAUGUAUCAACCAUGUAACAUACUGUACUGUACCUUCUUUCACUAUGCAGCAGCUAUGGUUCUAAAGUGAAACAGCCUUGUGGCAUUAAAGUGUAGGUGCAGAGUUCUGUAAUCAACCUGUCCAAUGCUUGUCCAGCCAUAUCUAAAAAAAAUUCUUACAUUGAAUUGUUAUAGUAAAGCAGUUAAGAGCUCUGGAAAAACUUGUUUACAUGUAUAAACUCACUUAUAAAGGAAUUUCAGUUUACAGAAAUGAUGAGAUCUUCGUAUUGCUUUAUCUCUUAGACGCCUGAAAUAAUAUCCAAGACAAACUUGACAAUAAAUUGUUACAUGCUGUGUACAAGAUUAUCCUGGUUCAUCAAAGAAUAUUGUGGUUCAAUUUAGGAAAACAUUUUCAAAGAGCCAGUAGCCUGUAGACUCAUUUAUUUUAGGGGCUAAUUCAAAUUUUUGGGCUGGUAAACUUUAUAUAACUUCAAAAGAAAAUUGUGUGCAAUAAAUAGUGGUUUACACAUAUCAACAAUGUGCCAGUGACAGGGCAGCCCCCAGCUCAUGCCUGUGAAUCUUGAACGUUGCCUAAGAAGUGUACGGUACAUCGGGCUGGAAGUAUUCUCAAAUUUCAAGUUAGUGAAAUUCUUUUUAUCUAGAAUCAUAUUAUUAAUCAUUUUUCUGUGCCCUCAUCUGUGACCUGAGCUAAGAUAAGUGCCACAGACGUCAUCAACAGCUAGACAGUUGCCUAAAAUAACAGAAAAAUAAUUAAUUGUGACCUUACCCGUGAAAUGGAUAAAUGUCACUCUUUUUUUUAUUGGGGUUGGUGUUAUGUUUUCUGUACAUCCACCAAUGCUUCACAUACUGUAUACACCCAAUUCAAUAUUAACAAUUGUGUGCCAUUUCCUGGGUAAAGUCACACAUUCAGUAAUGUGAUGUUUGUUAUGAUUUAGUCAACUUUCAUUCCAUUAUCAAGUAUAAUUUUGCCUUGCUCCAUGAUACAUUACACUUAGUACUAUACUGAACAAUUUACACUAUACUAUUUUGAUUUUUUUUCUUCAUAUAAGGGACGUCUUUUCAUAUAACACUACUUAUGCUCAUAUAUUUUAUUCAUAUACAGUCCUGAACUUUACACUUCAUGGAAUGUUGUGAAUUUUGAUGCUGGAAUUAAGGACAUUUACAGUGUUUCUUGGAGUAACCAAAAGAAUGUUAAGCACUUUAGCAAUAGAAAAUAAGAAUGAUUGGUGUCUUUAUGAGUAACCAAGAGAGACAGAGUGAAAGAUUAUGUUAUGGGCUGUAAAAUGUUUAGUGUUCCUCAAAGCAACAGAGAGUCAAACAUUGUUACGUCUAACUAAUGUUGUUAUCCAUUCCGGGGCCGUGAACAUGGACGUCAUUCGUGUUGUCUGAAAUCAGAAAUAUUAAUUUUCGCAUGUGACUUUUAUGUGCCUUUGAUAAUACAAAAAUAAAGUAAUUCUCGCAUACACUGAGCAUUGCCUUGGUGUGUAAGCAUAUAAUAUGGGAAGGGUUAUAUCUAAUUUCUUGACUGAAUCAUUAUUUCUCAAGAUGAUGGAAUCUGUUUUGGUGGCUAACAGAUUGAGCUCAAGAAACUCAAGGGUAGAGCUGCACUGAUAAUGACCUAGUAUAGUUACGUGACACAACGGUUGGUCUUCUUGUGGUUUUCAAUUUAACUUGAUAAUUAUAUAACUGUGUGUAAGUAUUUGAGGUUGCCGUAUAACUAAAAAAAUGUGUUGGAAAUAAGUGCAGUAGUUCUUUCAAUAUCAUGAUUACAGUAUACAAUUUCAUACUUGUAGGAUUUGUUUAUUAUUAUUGUCCGAGAGAUAAGUGGUUACAUUUAUUCCAUAAUAUGCAAAUAAUGUGAUGUAAGGGUCAUGUGGAGAGCCUUCUACAUGAUGAACACAGUAUAUAUAUAUAUAAAUAAACCUAAACUCUUUGUGAUCGUACUGUAUCUGCAUAAAAAUAUUCUCUGUAAAAACAAAUGAACUUGCUGUAUACAAAGUCAUAAAAUUAGUGUUUAAAAUUAUAUGAAUUUCCUGUACAAUAUUUUUCAUGUCCUUUAUCUUUGAAACAGGAGUAUUGUUACUUGUAUAAUACAGUCCUCAGUAACUAUUACAGGUGUUGUAUUUGCACGACAUUCAUCUUAAAAGUAGAACCUCAUCAUGUUUGUCAGAGAAGUUCUUAUGGUUACAUCUCACUUCACCAGGCCAUGCAUGACUUAUUCCAAAUUACAUUUUUCACCCAAUCAACAACUUGGUAAUUUUUGUUAUUGUAAUACUUGAUGUGCCCAUUUCUUCAUUAAGAGGAUAAAUAAAAGAAGUCAGGUUCUUUCAGAUUACUGAAUAAUGAUUUUGCAACAGUUAUAGAGCAUAAAUAUUGUUCUUGACACGUUAUGUCAUGAGAAGCAUUAAAAAGAGUAAUAUUGGAGUAAAAUAUUAAUGUAUUGAAUAUUAAAACCUAAAUACUUAAUACUCAGUAACAGUUUUGUUUCAAGUCAAAUAUUAGAACAAUUGAAUUAGUCUAAAAAUUCUAUUACAAAUACAUCCCAUUUUUUUAAACAAGUGCAGUAAAACCCUGAGGAUACAAACCUUAUAGUUAAUAUGAGGGAACAGCUCAUGAGCACAGUACCACACAGAGGGUCCUGCCCACGUGGACCAACACAGUCUUUGUGGUCAGUGUGAGGUAAGUACAGUACAGUAUAGACAAAAUAAUAAAUGUUAUUAUCAGUAUAGUCUUCUGAAUAUAAGGAAGAUGUCUUUGAGCUCCUAUCACUCACCUUGUAUUGACCAACCCCAAACAUCAUCAGAAUUAAUCAGGACACCUCUGAUUAUAAGGUACAGUAGUUAGAAUGACCCAUAUUACAGGUAGGACUUUCUGCAGCAUUUUUUUUUUCUUAAGAACAACUUGUGGCUACAGUAAGUAAGGUUUGUAUCAAAGGAGUUUUACAUUGUCACAUCAUAUGUUGGGUGCCAUAAAUUGGAGUACAGUAUUGGAAUUGCAGUACUGUACUAGAUCAGGAUUUUGAAGAUAUCUGGAUAUGUUACACAUUCAGUCUUUAGCACUUGACUUCUAUAAACACAUUGUAUGUAACAACACUUGGAGAAUGAUGGCUUCUGUAUUGAAAUUGUGAUACUUGCUAUUUUCUAUUUCACCUGAAACAUCCUAUAUCAUACACACAGCAAAUAACACGAAAUUUAAGGCUUUAAUGUAACCCUCAAAAGAUCCACAUUAAUAAUGUUGAGCCAAAACUGGCCAGUGUGAGGAUCUUUCCUAUACACUACUGUGGAGGGACAUAUCAAUAAAGCCAUGUGUUCACAGA